AUGGCUCCCAACGUCACGAUCCGAAACAUCAGCAAUAAUCCAUUGACGCUCGUGCAGGUUGAACAUUUCGAGCCUCACAGGGAAGAGAAAGGUGACUUGCUGAUGAGCAAUGUCACCAUGGCGCUGGGAAACGUCACCAACACUCUCGGCCUGACCAACACUAGGACCCGUAAGGACGUCCCAGAAAUCGAUGCCGAUGCCAAACCGUUCGAGAGUCGAAACCUCGACAUCAAACUCCCGCCGUUCUCGAUCGUGAACACCGAUAUUCGAGCCACGAUCAACAAGCCAGAUGAGAGGUUGCGCUUGACCUUCCGGACCGAACUCGGGGGCAAGCAUCAGCUUUACUGUCCGGUCCCGACUCAGCAGACAGCCUCAUUAGUCGCCCUGGCAGAUAAUCCCAAAUACCGCUUCACGGGCAUCUACUUGACGCAACACUCCUAUGUCACAUUGUUCAACACCUCAAAUCUAGAAUCAUGGAUGAGAAACAUUCCAGAUUUCACCCCUCUAGGCGCGCUAUCAAUCCCCGGCUCCCACAAUUCUCCCACGUGCUACCCAGCCCCUCCAUCAGUCCGAUGCCAGGCCGUGUCGCCAAAGGAGCAGCUGAAGAACGGAUUCCGCUUCUUCGACAUCCGAGUGCAAGUGCCCGAGCCCUUCAACGCAGGUUCGGACCAUCUCAAUCUCGUCCAUUCAGCCUUCCCCAUCUCACUGACCGGCCACAAACACUUCCGGGACUUGUACAACGACAUCCUCCGGUUUCUCAAAGACAACCCAACCGAGACGCUGGUCCUCUCAUUGAAACGAGAAGGCACAGGGAAAGGCACGGACGAGCAAUUGUCUCGCAUCCUGAAGAACCACUAUCUCAAGGACCGAGAAUGGUUCACCGAGCCGCGCGUGCCGACCUUGGGCGAAGCGAGAGGUAAAAUCGUCCUGUUCAGACGGUUCGGCCUCGAGGAGGAACUCAGAAAAGAGUGGAACGGACGUGGGCUCGGCAUCGACGCGCAGAACUGGGCCGAUAACACGCCCAACGCGACCUGCCCCUCCGGAGACGUCGUCGUGCAGGACUUCUAUGAAGUCUUGGAGCGGCCUUCCAUCGACAAGAAGAUCACCUAUGCACGUGAUCAUCUCGAGAGAAGCGGCUGCUGUCCGUUCUUCCCCAACGACCGCCAGAAGACCGAGGGCAAGAAGGUGCCGCUCCAUGUUAAUUUCCUCAGCGCUAGUAAUUUCUGGAAGGUCGAUACUUGGCCCCAGAAGAUCGCGGCCGAGGUCAAUCCGGCGAUCACCGAGCACUUGUGCAGGAACCAUCAGCUGGGCGACGGGGGCCGGGUUAAGGAUGGUAACUGGAGCACUGGUAUUGUGGUGACUGAUUGGGUUGGUUUAGGGGGUGAUUGGGAUCUUGCAAGAGCAGUUGUCGGUAUGAAUGCAAAGUUGGUCAACCAUGACUAA